GCGGCUUCCGCGUUUGAGGUGAAGAAGGUAGUCGUGGCGGGAGCCACAGGCCAGACAGGCCGUCGUGUUUUGGAGAAGCUUGCUUCACAGCCAGGUCUCGCUGUGAUCGGAGGAGUGCGCAAUAUCGAGAAAGCAACCAAAUCUCUGAGCGAUGUGUCGUCAGUUGACACCUCGCGUGUAGAGCUAAAGCGCAUGGACGUUGUGAACAACUCGAUAGACGAUCUUGCGAAAACUCUCGAGGGCGCCGACUCGUUGGUAAUUGCGGUGGGCUUCAUUCCUGGAAACCCCUUGAAAAUGAACGAUGCCGCUCGCAAAGUCGACAACAUUGGGACGUGUGCCUUGAUUGAUGCGGCUAAAAGAUCCGGCACCGUUAAAAAAGUAGUCAUGGUCUCCUCAAUCCUCACCAAUGGUCGCGCAUGGGGACAGGAAAAGUCCCCCGGUUUCGUUGUCACUAACGCCUUUGGUGGAGUUCUUGAUGAAAAACUUGUGGCGGAGAACUAUCUACGUGCCUCUGGUCUCGACUACACAAUUGUCCGUCCGGGCGGUUUGAAAGCGAAACCCCCAACCGGCGGCCUUAUUGUUUCCGGAGAGGACACGCUCAAUUCGGGCGAGAUCUCGCGAGAUCUUGUUGCCGAUGUCUGUGUUGCCUCGUUAACGGAUGCCAAGGCUUCAAACAAAGUCUUGGAGAUUAUCGAAGCCGACGAAGGCGGUCCCAAGGUCUUCAACGGCCUGAAUAUGUGA